GAACGAGGCGGUGGCGGGCGGAGGCGGCGGGCGAGGGCGACGACGACCAGUGAGGCGGCUGCUGCUGCGAGGGCCGCAGCCCAGGCGCGGGGGCGACUACAGGUUAAAAAUCUGUAAGAGCCUGAUUUUAGAAUUCACCAGCUCCUCUGAAGUUUGGCGAAAUAUGAGUUAUUAAACCUACGCUCAGAUCAAGUUAGCAGCUAGACUGGUGUGACUACCUGUUUUUAAUCAGUGACUCAAAGCUGUGAUCACCCUGAUGUCACCGAAUGGCCACAGCUUGUAAAAGAGAGUUACAGUGGAGGUAAAAGGAGUGGCUUGCAGGCUAGAGAAGCUGCACCUCGUAUUAUUGGAAUGCCAGCAGGUUUAUUUUUUGUUUUGCAAGCCUGCUCUGCCUCCUUACAGUAUGACAUCUGAUGCUGGAGGGUCGCACUUUCAAAAAUGAGUCAGCUGGUACAUGGGGUUACCAUCACUUUUUAGCUCUUCUGUCUGAGAGAUACAAGUUUGGAAGCAAUCUUGGGGUACUUACCCACAAGGCUGGUGGAGACCAGGGAAAGCUGAUUUCAUUGUUGAACUAAGAUAAUCAUGGUCAAAAUGAUAAAUCUGACAUCAUCAGGAGAACCUCAGUCUGACGACAUUGAAGCUAGCCGAAUGAAGCGAGCAGCUGCAAAGCAUCUAAUAGAACGCUACUACCACCAGUUAACUGAAGGCUGUGGAAAUGAGGCCUGCACGAAUGAGUUUUGUGCUUCCUGUCCAACUUUUCGUCGUAUGGAUAACAAUGCAGCAGCUAUUAAAGCCCUUGAGCUUUAUAAGAUUAAUGCAAAACUCUGUGAUCCUCAUCCCUCCAAGAAAGGAGCAAGCUCAGCUUACCUUGAAAACUCUAAAGGUGCCCCUAACAACUGCUCUGACAUAAAAAUGAACAGGAAGGAAGGACAAGGAGCAAGAGAUGAUUUUAAAGAUGUGACUUACCUAACAGAGGAGACAGUAUAUGAAAUUCUUGAAUUAUGUAGAGAGAGAGAGGAUUAUUCCCCUUUAAUUCGUGUUAUUGGAAGAGUUUUUUCAAGUGCUGAGGCAUUGGUUCAGAGCUUUCGAAAAGUCAAACAGCACACCAAGGAAGAAUUGAAAUCUCUUCAAGGAAAGGAUGAAGACAAAGAUGAAGAUGAAAAGGAAAAGGCUGCAUGUUCUGCUGCAGCUAUGGAAGAAGAUUCAGAAGCAUCUUCCUCAAGGAUAAGUGAUGGCUCACAAGGAGAUAACAACUUACAAAAAUUAGGCCCUGAUGAUGUGUCUGUGGAUAUUGAGGCCAUUAGACGGGUCUACAUCAGAUUGCUCUCUAAUGAAAAAAUAGAAACUGCAUUUCUCAACGCACUUGUAUAUUUGUCACCUAAUGUGGAAUGUGACUUGACGUAUCACAAUGUAUACUCCCGAGAUCCUAAUUAUCUGAAUUUAUUCAUUAUCGUUAUGGAGAAUAGAAAUCUCCACAGCCCUGAAUAUCUGGAAAUGGCUUUGCCCUUAUUUUGCAAAGCAAUGAGUAAGCUACCCCUCGCUGCCCAAGGAAAACUGGUUAGACUGUGGUCUAAAUACAAUGCAGACCAGAUCCGGAGAAUGAUGGAAACGUUUCAGCAACUUAUUACAUACAAAGUCAUAAGCACUGACUUCAACAAUCGAAAUCUAGUAAAUGAUGAUGAUGCUAUUGUUGCUGCUUCCAAGUGCUUGAAAAUGGUUUACUAUGCAAAUGUAGUGGGAGGGGAAGUAGACACAAAUCAUAAUGAAGAAGAUGAUGAGGAGCCCAUUCCUGAGUCCAGUGAAUUGACGCUUCAGGAGCUAUUGGGAGAAGAAAGAAGGAACAAGAAAGGUCCUCGAGUGGACCCACUGGAAACUGAACUUGGUGUUAAAACUCUGGAUUGUCGAAAACCACUUAUCCCUUUUGAAGAGUUUAUUAAUGAACCACUGAAUGAUGUUCUAGAAAUGGAUAAAGAUUAUACUUUUUUCAAAGUAGAAACAGAGAACAAAUUCUCAUUUAUGACAUGUCCCUUUAUAUUGAAUGCUGUCACAAAGAAUUUGGGAUUAUAUUAUGACAAUAGAAUUCGUAUGUACAGUGAACGAAGAAUCACUGUUCUCUACAGCUUAGUUCAAGGACAGCAGUUGAAUCCAUAUUUGAGACUCAAAGUCAGACGUGACCAUAUCAUAGAUGAUGCUCUUGUCCGGCUAGAGAUGAUCGCUAUGGAAAAUCCUGCAGACUUGAAGAAACAGUUGUAUGUGGAAUUUGAAGGAGAACAAGGCGUUGAUGAGGGAGGUGUUUCCAAAGAAUUUUUUCAGCUGGUUGUAGAGGAAAUCUUCAAUCCAGAUAUUGGUAUGUUCACAUAUGAUGAAUCUACAAAAUUGUUUUGGUUUAAUCCAUCCUCUUUUGAAACUGAGGGUCAGUUCACUCUGAUUGGCAUAGUACUGGGUCUGGCUAUUUACAAUAACUGUAUACUGGAUGUACAUUUUCCCAUGGUUGUCUACAGGAAGCUAAUGGGGAAAAAAGGAACUUUUCGUGACUUGGGAGACUCUCACCCUGUUCUAUAUCAGAGUUUAAAAGACUUACUGGAGUAUGAAGGAAGUGUGGAAGAUGAUAUGAUGAUCACUUUCCAGAUAUCUCAGACAGAUCUUUUUGGUAAUCCAAUGAUGUAUGAUCUAAAGGAAAAUGGUGAUAAAAUUCCAAUUACAAAUGAGAACAGGAAGGAAUUUGUCAAUCUCUAUUCUGACUACAUUCUCAAUAAAUCAGUAGAAAAACAGUUCAAGGCUUUUCGGAGAGGUUUUCAUAUGGUGACCAAUGAAUCUCCCUUAAAGUACUUAUUCAGACCAGAGGAAAUUGAAUUGCUUAUAUGUGGAAGCCGGAAUCUAGAUUUCCAAGCAUUAGAAGAAACUACAGAAUAUGAUGGUGGCUAUACCAGGGACUCUGUUGUGAUUAGGGAGUUCUGGGAAAUCGUUCAUUCAUUUACAGAUGAACAGAAAAGACUCUUCUUGCAGUUUACAACUGGCACAGACAGGGCACCUGUGGGCGGACUAGGAAAAUUAAAGAUGAUUAUAGCCAAAAAUGGCCCAGACACAGAAAGUAAGAGCAUUACUGGCAAAAAGUUUCCCAGAAUCAUGUUCCUCUUAGAUAUUCCUCCUUGAUGCGGAGACGAAGGCUUGCGUGGGAAGCUCCAGACGCGCGGGCCCAGCCCAGCCUGCUCUUCCUCUGCUACUCGUGCUUGCUGCUUGUCUCCGUGUCUCCAUUUGAAGGGCUUCAGGUCCACUUUCUUACUGUUAAAUCCUGCCUUGAUUGUCAUAUUUUUAUAGAAGAGGAAAAGCAUUUUCUCCCUGAGUUCCGGAGCAGUCUUGAGGUCAGGGGUAAGAUUUUUCUUGGUAAGUAUUAAGAAGUAGUUGUGGAUUGAUAACGGGGUGGAAAGGGGAAGGGUGCUUUAGGAAAAAAGAUGUUUGUUCUUGGUGAUGGAAUUGCUUCCAGUUUGUUUUCUGAUCUCUUCGAGAACAGUUUUCUGCCUUCUUCCUGCACCCUGUGUUCUGAUUCCUGGAGCAUGCAGUAUUGCUUCAUGGCCUUUCUCCCAUGGGCUGUGCAAAGUGUAAUCUUGAAAGAGAAAACAUGUGGGCUGUGGUAGACUUUGGAUUCUGUCUUCCAUAAACUUGGCUUUCUCACUCAUGAGAAACUCCUGCAUUAAGCUGUCUUGGAUCUGGGUCAGCAGUACCUGGUCCAUUUGUACAUUCUCUGGGCCAUGUGGGUUGUUCCUGGGUCUUGGCCUUUUCUUCUUGGAGUGCUCCCCACUCCUGUCUCCAUAGACUAUGUAUUUAAGAAGCUUGCCUUUUGAUUUCCUGCUGAUGGCUGGAUCUUGGAGGUGACUCUGCAUAGUCUUCGAGGGCCUGGUGGGGGAGUCUUUCACCAUCGCUUCUCCCUGCAGUGGUGGCCUGCUGUCCACAGGAAGCUGUCUCGGUUUUGCUCCCUGCUCUGAAUUAUCCAGAGAUGCUACAGAUAAAACCAGAGCUGAUUUGCCCUCCCCUCUGGAGGGAGACCACCUUAUUUUUUCACAUGUCCUCCUACUUUCAUCCUCGGAGUGUGGCUUUAAGGUUGCCCUAGAAGCUGUGGGUGGGUAAAUCCUGUCCUUGUCCAGGCCAGCUCCAAAGAGAACUGUGCUCUUUUCCCAGCCUCUCCUGUUCUGCACUAUCGCCUUCACUGCUGCCUCACUGUCAUCCACCAAGGUGGUGGUGUAGUUAGACAACUUAUUCCUAGAGGUAAGACGUUUGACCAGGUCCUUGUUGCCUAGUAACUGUGCAUGUGCCAGCUCUGACCUUUGGAGCUUUGAGUGGCAUUUUUUAUAAAAGGCUUUCUGCUCCAUUAGCCAGGCGUUAGCUUCAUAUUUCUUCAUGGAGUCCAGAAAACUGAGUUUCUUUUUCAGCAUAUUCUCUUCUUUCCAGUUGAAGGACAGAAUUGAGUAGGAUUUCUCUGUUUCCAUAAGCUUUAUAUUCUCUCCAAGUAUGGAAUAGCGCCUGUUUCCCUGAUUCUUGGUGCUGUCCAGCAAGCUCUGAUUGUCACUCUGUUGAUGGUUUUUCCAUGAGCUGCCCAGUUGGGUCUGGGGAUCCGACAUCUCUCCCCUUACCUGGGGACCUGGCAGCCAACAUGCUGUCAGCAGACCUGUGAGGGAACUCAGUGACCUGUGGGCACUGUGACCACAGGGUUCUAUUCUAGGCUCCAGCGUUUGUUGUUAAGAACUCUGGAUGAUCAAGGCAUAGAGUCUGGUGGCCAAGCACUUCUAAGGACAGAGGUCCUAAGAGGCUUCUCCACUGAUCUGUUUACCACAGGUCUGGUUUCCACCUGAGAAUUGUCCCCAUUCCAAGGGGAAGGAGGCUUAACAGCCAUACACCCUGUCUUUCUCUGAGUGAUAGGACUUGAAUUGGCAGGGGCAGGGAUGAAAGGCCCCAUGUGUUCACUUUUCAGUCUAUUAUAACUGUUAGAAAUUUCUUAAUUUUAGUUCCCCCUCUCCCUCGCAGGUGGUAUUAGGAAGUUUUUAAUAAGAUUAUUAACAGAGAUAAUGAGAUUUAGAAGUAUAAUCUAAUAGGAAAACUUUUAUGUAAGUGGUAGAAAAAAUACUUUUUAUGGUUUUAUUGUAUGACUCAAGGAUGAAAUUGGUUAAUUGGGUGAAGUUGGGCCAUUUCUUUAAUUGUGUUAAUAAUAUAUUCUUCAAAUUUAAGGGGGGUGGUAGGAAGGAAGGUGGUAGAGGAGGAAGAAAAAGAAAAGAUAAUGAACAAGGAUAACUUUAUUGACGGCACAUCAGCUGUUGACAGUCUGUCCCUGGAUCUUGAGCUCAACAAAUGUGGGCCUAACCACAGACCUUUUCUAGGUAGCCUCAGACAGGGUGACAGCAGGGUGGGUCACAAAACCUGCUAGAUGGUGAUGGUGCCAGCCUGCAGAAGCUCCCAGUUUCUAAUUCUGGUAUUCCUCAAACCAUAGCCCAAUUUACAUAAGCACCUUAAAAUAACUUGCUGCAUUUGUUCCACCAGGAAUUUAAGUGUGUUUAUGACCACUUUACAACUCAGAAUGUUACUUGUUAGAGAUUCUUUCUCUCUCUCUCUCUCUCUCUCUCUCUCUCUCUCUCUCUCUCUCUCUCUCUCUCUCUCUUUUGGUGGCUGCACCAACAGCAUGUGGAAGUUCUCAGGCCGGGAAUCGAACCCAUGCCACAACUGGGACUUGAGCCACUGCAGUGACAAUGCUAAAUCCUUAAACCACUGCACCACAAGGGAACUCCUAGGAUUUCCUUUUUUUUAAAUGACUUAUCUUUUUAACAACUACAGCCUUCCUCUCCUUAGGGAUCCAUUGAUUGUUGCCCAUGUAGUGUGUAAAUCAUCUGUCCCCUUACUCUUCCUUUUAUCCCACUUACUUCCGUUUCCCAAUCCAUCCUAAACUCUCCUCAAGACCAGCACAUUCACAACCUCUUUUAUGCAAACAUUAUAUACCUGAAGUAGUGCUGAGACUUCUUCAGCACAUCAUACCUUCUCAAAAUCUUAGACUUCCUCUGUGUUUGUUCCCCUUAAGAGUUAACUGCUUUCAUAAACUUUGUUGUAUAACACAACACAUUGAUAGCUCUCUCACCUACCCAGAUCUUAUCCUUUUACUUAUACAAAUACCAAUGUACCCUAAAUAUUAGUGAAAUUAAAUUUUAUAAGUGAUUUGUGAUUUUUAAUUAGAAAAUAUAUAAAUGUGAGUUUUCAUGAACUCAGGUUCUCCUGCCCCCCCCCCCCCCAAUAUCCAGGCCACCUUCUCUCAAUGGUUAUCAUUCAGUUUGGAGGGCUGACCUCAGAACUAUGCCCAGCCACAGGGGUAGAUAGAUACAUCUAAGCCAAUCUGGAUAAUGCCACCUGCCUUGCCACAGUGGUUGGCUUAGGUUGGGACCAGCCAAAACUAUUAAGGGCCUCUCAGAUAAGACAGGAUGUUUACUGUGGCUUGGGGAAAAGAGCAUGUUUCCUCUGACAUGGAUUUUGGGAAGCAACAUGCAGCCUGAACAAGAAAGCAUUUUGUUCCAGUGGCUGUUGACUCCAACUGGUGUCAUCAGCCUUCCUACACCCAAGGCAUCUAGCCUUGAGAUGAUGGUGACCCAUGGAUGGUUGUGUAGAGAAGCAGAACCCAGAUUUUAAAUCACAUUGCUGAGCCAUUUCAUCAAAUCAUCCCAGAAGUCUUUAGCUAACAAUAUCUUACUGACAUAAAUUCUUACUCAGCAAAGUAUCAGAACUUCUUGGUAGGGGGAAGUGACUUUGUGAGAAUGAUGUUGGCCCAUUUCACAAUGUAGAAGAAGUUCCUUCUUUUACCUCACUGACCUUAAGUAUCAGGACAGCCAUCACAAUGGUUUGGUGGUUGAGUUGUUUUAUUGCAACUGGUGAAAGGGCUGAAUUUAUCCAGUUAUUCCUUUAGACUCUUCUCCCUCAGGAUUGUUUUCCCUAUCCUGAGCCCCCUAAAAGUUAGAGGUGCUAGUUUGUUUUACAGUCAACGGGGCCCAUCCAGAAUAAUCUUCAAAUAUUUAACAAUGUGGCCCCAAUCAAUUGGAAUAGAUGCCAGUUUUAAACAGCCAUCACAACUAAGAACGCAUCUUCACCUAAAACACCACUGCCUUUAAUAAUAUAUGUUUUAUAAGUAUUAUAAGGCUCUUAAACUAUACACUGUGAUAGGUAUAAUAUUACUUGAAGGUAGACUGUAAUAAAGAGGUAUAUAUAAACCCUAAAGCAACCACUAAAUUAACAAGCAGAGUUGUAAUUAAUAAGACAAUAAAGCAGAGUCCUAGAAAAUGGUUGUCAUGGGGUUGAAUUGUGUCCCCCUCCAAAAGAUACCCCUGGUAUCUGAAUUUGACCUUAUUGGGAAAUAAGAUCUUUGCAGAUGUAAUUAAUUUAGAUGAGAUCAUUAGGAUGUGACCUACUUCAGUGUGACUUUAGUCCUUAUUAGAAGAUGAGAACAGGACACAUAGGGGAAGAAUGGCCAUGUGACAGUGGAGGUAGAGAUUGGAGAAAUGCAUCUAAAAGCCAAAGAAUGCCAAGGCUUGCUGGAAAAAGUAUCAGAAGGUAAAAGAGGCAAGAAGGAUUCUUGCAUAUAGGUUUCAAAUGUCUAGCCUCCCAAACUGUGAGACAAUAUAUUUCUGUUGUUUUCAGUUACCUGGUUGGUAGUACUUUUUUACAUUAGCCCUAGGAAAUGAAUACAAUGCUUAACCCAAAAGAAGGCAGAAAAGAAAACAAACAAAAAAGGAACUAAUAAGAUAAAUACAACCAAAUGUUAAUAUUAGCUGUAAUAAUCAUAUCAAAUGUAAAUCAUGUAAAAACUACAGUGAAAAGGCAGAGAAUAUUAGACUGGAUUUUUUUUAAAAAGACACACCUAUGUAUAUUGUACAGGAAAUGUACUUCAAAUACAAAGACAAUAGGUUAAAACUAAGAUGGAAAUAGAUACACCAUGCUAACACUAAUCAAGGAAAUCUAGAAUGACUAUGUUAAUACCAGCAACAUAUGUUUCAGAGCAAAGCAUGUUAGGAGGGUAUAUAAUAAAGUUUUACUUUAUAAUCAUAAAGGAGUCAAUUUAACAAGAGGACAUAUCAAUCUGAAGGGUUUAUGUAUCUAACAAACUUUGAAAAUACUUGAAGUGAAAAUUGAUAGGAAUGCAAGGAAAGAAAAUAGAAAAAUCCACAAAAUCAGAGAUUUUAAUACAUCUUUUUGUUAUUGAUAGAAAAAAAUAAGGUUAUUGGAGACUUGAGUAGUAAUUUGCCACUUUGACUUUAGUGAUAUUUCUGGAACAUUCCAUAUAAUAGCAGAAUGCACAUAAAUUUCAAGUGAAUGAGAUAUUCACCAAGAUAGACCAUAUCGUGGGCCAUUAAACAAGGAUCAGUAUACUUAAAGGUGAAUAUGGAAUAGUGACUUUAGCAAAAUGGUGAACUAGGAAGCUCUGAACUUUUGUUAUCCCAUGGAGACGUAAGAGAAGAACCAGAAACUGGCUAAAAUAACCUUGUAGUAGCUCUGGAAAUCAGGCAAAAGUCUAUAGCAACCAAGCAAAUGCUCAGUUGAAAAAUCACAUUCAAAUGAUAGAAAGUUUUAUGGCUUUUUUUACUCACAUUUGCCACAACAACUCCCUGAUGUGGUGUGGUCUUGCUCUGGAGAAGGUGAAAGCUCAAUUUCCAAUUCCCACCUUUAAACUAGAGGAAAGAGAACAGCAGCAUUAUUUGCAGCAUUCUGGCCUGCUCCCCUCCCUACGCCCUUUCAGGGGGCUUCCUGAAGGACUGGUCUCACCUAACUCAGGCCUCAGAGAAAAGUGGCAGCCAGUGGUGGUGAAAGUUGCAAUGAUUCUAUAGAUGUGCAGACAUCCAGAGCAAUAUGUUAGGGGUGAAGACCAUCUAGACCCCUGAGGAGAAGCUGAGGUGAGACUCUGGGAAAAUUGAGGAAGUCAUACACAGGAGUUGCCGUCAUGGCACAGCGGAAAUGAAUCCAAUUAGGAACCAUGAUGUUGCAGGUUUGAUCCCUGGCUUUGCUCAGUGGGUUAAAGAUUCAGCAUUGCCAUGAGCUGUGGUGUAGGUCACAGAUGCAGCUUGGAUCUAGUAUUGCUGUGGCUCUGGCAUAGGCCGGCAUCAACAGCUCUGAUUAGACCCCUAGGCUGGGAACCUCCAUUUGCCAAAAGUGUCACCCUAAAAGGACAAAAGACCAAAAAAACAACACCCAAAAAAGUUGUAGAUAAAAUAAAUGCUCUGAGAAGAACUUAAGAUUUUAUCUCAGCUGAUUCCCUAGGGUCAGAGCAUGACCAGCUAAACAGUGAAGGACUUCUCUGGCACAGAUACAGUCUACAAAGUCUGGGAAAGCUGGCAAUCUGUUUUGCAAAUUUUUAACCAAGAGAACUUUAAAGUCAUACAAAGAGAUGUAUGGACAAUUCAAAGAAAGAAAAUAAAUUGGCAGAAACCACCUCUGAAGAAGUAUAGACAUUGGACUUACUAAAUAAAGACUUUAAAGGAACUGUCUUAAAUAUUUUCAAAUAGCUAAAGCAACCCCCCUCCAAAAAAAAAAAAAAAACUGAAAGAAAUAGGAAGUUACAUAUGAACAAAGUGAGAAUACCAACAAAGAGAAUUAUGAAGGACCAAAAAGAGAUUCUGGAACUGAAAAAUAUAACUGAAUUGAAAAAUUUACCAGAAGGUUUCAACAGCAGGUUUAAUAAGGCAGAAGAAAAAAUUAUCAAACUUGAAGGCAGGACAAUUGAGAUAAGUCUGUGGAACAGAAGAAAAAAAAGAAGUGAGCAGAACCUAAAGUACUUGUGAACUAUCAUCAAAUAAACCAAUAUAGACAUUAUGGGAUUCUUGUAUGGAAAAGA